AUGAGCGAUAAUAAUGAUAAAAACAAAUGUGGUGGAAUAAAAAAUAUAUUGGAAAGCAUAAAAGAAAGUGAAAAUACGAAAGAUAAAUUUAUUAAUAUUUUAAAAUUGACAAAAAAUAUAAAUGAAUUGAAUGAAAAUGAUAAACUAACUGUUUUAAAAGCUGUAGAUCCCGAGUUCCUUUGCUUAUUAUUACGGUCAAAAAAUGAAUUUAAAUUAUUUACUAUUCGUCUAAUUAAUAGUUUAGUAUCAACUUCAACAUGCAUAUUUUUAAAGAGGUGUAUUCCAUAUGUUAACUCUAUUAUUUAUUAUUAUUUAACUCAUAUAAAAAAUGUAAAUAAAAAAUUAAAAGGGUUUGAAAAAAAAACGGAUAAACAAAAUGAUAACACACACGAUAAUUACCAAAAUGAAGAAUAUGAUGCAUUUGAAUAUGAAUGUGAUACAAAAGAUAUAAAUAUUCUUUAUAAUGAAUCUUUAACUUUUUUUUUAAAAAUUGAACCUCUUUUAAAAAACGAAUAUUUUAUUAAAACAACUUAUGUUAAUUACGAGAAUAAUGAUAUUGAUGUUGAUGUGGAAAUGUAUUUUUUUAAAAAAAAACUAAAAAAAAAAUAUAUUGAAGAAAAUGAUAUACAAGAUUUAAAUUGUCAACAAAUAAGCUCAGGAUCUGAACUAGAGGAACAAUCUGAUUCUUCAAUUUUUGAAGACAAUAAUGAAAAUAAUAAUUCAAAAGAAGAUGGUUUUUGUUUUCCAAAUGAACAAAUAUGUUUAAUUGAAUUGUUUUUUGAUAUUUUAAAGGAAAAUAUUGCAAUACAAAUUGAAAAAAAAAGAGAAACAAAGAUAGAGGAAAGUCAAACAUCUUUACAAAAGUGUGCAGAAAAAAUAUGUUCUGAAAUUGGAAAUAGCGAAAAUGUGAUAAAACAAAACAUUGAUGAUUUAAAUAUUGAAAAUAUAUUAUUAACAAAAGAUAAUAUAAAUGUUUCCUUACUUUUUUUAAAUAAUAUAAUUUUGAAAGUUAAUUACACAAAAUUUAUAAAAGAAUAUUUUAAUUUAUUAAAUCAAAUAAUUGAAAAUUAUGGAGAAGAAGAUAUUAUAGAUACAGCAAUAAAUUGCUUAACAAAUUUAAAUAUAUAUAUAAAAAAUAAAAAUUUCCAAAAUGUGUUAAAUAAAAAUCAAAUAUAUAAAUUUUAUGCAAAUGUUAUUUAUUUAUUUUCAGAAAUAAAAAAUAUAAAAAAAAAAAAAAAUUUAUAUAAACUAUAUUCAACAAUAUAUACAUGCUUAAAUUAUAUAUAUGAAAAUAAAAAUUCUUCGGGUAUUUUUAAAACACCGUUGUCUUAUAUGAAUGUAGAAUUAUAUAUUUUUUUUGAAGACGUUAUAAAAUAUUUAAAUAAUGAAAAAAAACAUAAUUUUAUUUUUAUUACCAACCAAUUUGAUGGUAUGAUACAACUAAUAUGUAACAACAUUUAUAAUGUUGUAAAUUUUUUAAAUCAAUGUUAUUUGGUUAGUGAUAAAAAUGGUUUAAGAAAAAAUGUAGAAAAAUAUUCCACGGAAAAAAACCACGAUCAAAAAAUUAACGCAGCAAAGAGUGUUGGCAAAUUUGAGAAUGUUGAUAAAAUAGAUCAAUGGAAAAACGAAGAAAUAUGUAAAAUGGAAGCAAAUGAUAUUUACAUAAUUAUGACAAAAAUAAAGAGAUCUAUUGAAUUAUUAGUAGAAUUUUUUAAAGACAUAAAAAAUAUAUUUAAGCCUUGUAAUAAAAAUUGUGAAAAUUUUAUUGCUUUUAAAAAAAAAUUUGAUAAAGAAAUUAAUUCUUUAAUUUGCUUAUUUUGUAAUUAUUUAAUUCAUGAAAAUGUGCAUUAUAUUGAUGAUUUUUUUAAUUUAUUGGAAUUAUUUACUAUUUGUUUGGAAGAACAGAAUUUCUUUUAUUUAGUUAUGGUUAUAAAGCAUAUUGAUGCAGAUCAUUAUUUUAACAAUAAGCAAUUUUUAACAAAAGUUUUUCUUUAUAUAUUUAAUAUUAGUAUGAAAAAUAUUAUACAUAUAAAUAUUUUGUUUAAUUUAUUUAAUAAAUGCACAUAUAAUGUAAUAGAUUUUAUACAAAUAAACACACAAUACUGUAACAUAAAUUGUACUAGCAAUAUAUAUCAAAAAUUUAAACAAAAUGCAAAAAAGGAAUAUGAUUUAAUUCAAAUUUCACACAUUCCAAUAGAUAAAUUAAACAAUAUAUCUUUUGUUUAUUUAAUAUCACAAGAUGAAUAUAAUAAGAAAAAUAAUAAAGAAACUGUAGAAAAUAUUAUUAAUUUUUCGAAAAACUUUUUUAUUUAUUACUAUUUUAAUAUUCUACAUAAAAAUCAAGAGAAAGUAUUAUCCGAAAUUUUUGAUAUAUAUAAAGACAAUUAUUUUAAUAUAAAUAAUAAUUAUAUACAAAAAAAUGACCAAACAUUUUUCCUUUCUAUAAAAGUAUUAUUAACUAUUUCCUCUUUACUUUUUAUUCGAUUUGAUCCAUUUAUCGUAACUUCUAUUCUGGACAAUCAUGAAAUAUUCUUUAUACAGGAUUGUUUAAUAAUAUCCCUUUUUAAUUUGAAAGCUUCAAAAGAUGAUAAAAAAAAUAAUGAAUUAAUGUGGAUAAAUAAAAAGAGAGAAAAAUAUUUUUUAAAAACAUUGAAACUAGUUUAUUUCCUUUUGUAUUAUAAUCCUUAUUUUGUUUCAUUAUUUAUUUUCCGUUUAAAACAAGCAAAGCAUGUAAGUGGUAAUAUAUCUUUUGAAAUUACAAAUACAAAAAUGGCAAAAGAACACCAUAUUUCUAUAUGUGCAGUUUUAAACAAACUAGUAGAAAGCUAUGUGUAA